UUAGUUAUUGAUCCUAAGGAACUAGCCUAUCCUGUGAAUAUACCAAGAGAAAGGACAAUGUAUAGUGUAAAAGACAUACUUUCUGCUUUGUACAAGAGAGAAGACUUUUUAGUUAAUGCUACUGGUAUUAGGCAUACAAAAUUGAAGAGGAUUCUACCCUGUGAAUCAUUGUCAUCUAGUCACCUGUCACUGUUAGGAGGACGCGAUAUUAAGGAAGUGAUUGAAAUAGCUGAAGAAUCUAAUACCAUCAUAACCAGGAUAAAGCUAGAUAUAAAAGAUCUUGAUAUUGUCAUUGAAGAGCUAUUACUCAAUCAUUUAGAAUAUUCAAACUGGCAUCAGUUUGGGCUUCAUUUAGGAUUAUAUGAUCAAACGCUAAAUUCUAUUAAGAAGGAUCAUGGAGAGUGCAAGCAAUGUCUGAUACAAUGUAUGUCUGCCUGGUUAAGAGAAAAAGAUAAAGUGAGAGAGAAAGGAGGUCCUAGUUGGUCAUCAUUAGCUAGAGCACUGGAUACAGUAGGAGAAAAAUCUAUUGCUAGUUACAUUAAAACAAAAUAUUGUACUAAAAUAUAAUCAUUCCUCACUGCUAGUGUCAUGUUUAUUCAUUGUCAGCAUUGCUGUUAUAAUGUAAUAAUUUUUCUAUCUCAUUAAUAAAAUAUUACUGACAUUGUAAUAAUUGUAUCCUAUUAUUAAUGUUCGUUUUAAAUGAG